AUGAAGGCUCUCUGUCACGCCAUCACGUCUUUCUGCGUGCCCGAUAAUCUCACCAAGCGGACGGGUGUGGAAGAAGCCUUCGACAUUCUCCGAUCAGGGGUUGCUCAGCCCUGGAUGCCUCUUGGAGAGUCGCCACGUUCAAUCCUGAAGGCACUAGAAGCGUUGGCCCCACGUCGGGAGUAUUACCCAGCCAACAUCAAACGCCUGCAAAGAGUCACAUGGGACCCAAACCUGACACAUAAUAUCCAGCAUGAUAGCUAUGAAUCCCUCGUUCAAAGCAUUGUGGCAAAGUCCAACCGCCUGGGCAGAUUCUCAAGCGUAGGCACUAUCACGGAUAACAUGGGAGUGCUCUCCCAUCUUCGCUUGCGCGGUGAAGCUCAACGGCAACUCUACGAACGUCCAACUCGCGACACCAGUGCUCAGACUCUCGGGGAUGCAGUCUACAUCCCUCGUGAUCGCCAGGCGUCGUCCAAAGAGACUAACGUGUAUCAGAUCGCCCGACUUACCUUCGCGCAAUCCCCUUCUUUAUGCAUGGACGUUAAGUUGAAGUCUGUUCUCGAGUCCUACCAGGUCAUUGCCGGGUUCCAUCCGGACGCUGGCCUCUCAAUCGACCGAGGCCCCCUCAUUGACCGAAUUGAAGAGCCGAUUAAUGAGAAAUUGGGUGAUCUCGUGGCCUUUUGUCGUCAUGCGGAACGCCAAGGUCCUCUUCUGUUUCGCCUCGGGCUCCUAGCCUUCGCGCCAAAACCCGAUAUGGAUCUCAUCCGUUCCCUUGCUGCAUUUGCUGGCUUACAAGAGCUCCGAGACCUGCAACCACCCGCCUAUAACAGCUUCUUGGAUUUUCAGUCGCGGGGACAGCCCACUAUUCAGGACAUGCAAAAGCUCCUAGUCUCAGCUUAUCCUGCGUUCGACCCAAAACACACCCGUUGGGGAGGGAGACACAACGACGCGGCUAAGGCUCACGUGGCCAAAUGUGAAGAGGAUGCCAACAACCUUGCCCGACACCUUCUGAAGCAGUGGCCAGUCGCAGAAAACAAGCUUUCAGUGAGUGGUUGUGAUACGCAAAUCAUUGAUUCUGCGCUGGCCCUAGAAAGCGUGCAGCCUGAACGGAAACGCAGACUCAGAAAUACGGCUCUGGAGCUGUAUGUCGACCAGGCGCAAACGCUUCUCGAUUCACUCAGAGCUCCGCGAGAUACCUCGGCGCCGCUUGUUUGGAAACACAAGGAACCGUCUUUCUUUAGCGAGAAACACGAGCGAGUUAUCCCGUCCGUGUCUCUGGAUCUAGUGCUCAAGAUUGGUCCAGUCCUGGAAAGCUCGCUUCCUGGCGCUUCCCCAAGCGAUUCGCACAACAUGGCCGCCGAGACUUCGACCAAUGUUACAUGCGUAAGACCACCCAAGACGGUCUCAUCGGAAGCUACAGAGUUGAGAAGCAUAUUGGACAGAUUCAAAUGCUCCGAGGAUACGCUUCGUCAGAAAUACGCCGAAGACCUUCUUCAGAGUCUCGCAGCAUUUGAGGACCUAGAGCAGACCUUGCCGCAGGACCAAAAGCUGCCCAUCCCAACCACUGGAGAGUUCGCCCAAUCCAUCCAACGCGAGCUCUUGAUGAUGAAACAUUCCCUCGAACAAGUCUCGGAAGCCCUCGCAGUCAACGACCCUCGAUCCGAAUGGCUACAACUUGGCUCCAUCUGGCCUUGUGCGACACCUACCGCAGUGCUUGAAUUGUUAAGGUCGGCAUCAUCCCACAAGUUCGGUACUGGAAUGAAGGAAGCCUUGGUACACUAUGGACAGUCCAUCACGGCCCUGCAACGUCUGCUACGCAUCCAAGACACCCUGCUGCGCGAAAACUAUCGAGUGUUUCAGGAAGAACUAGACAAUAUUGGCCAUAAAAACUGGUCGCCCCUUGAGCAGACUGAUUGGCUGCUCCUCGAGAUUCACAGCAACAUUCUCAUUCGGCCAGGGCAGGUCGAGGUUGCGCGGGCAAUAAUUGCCCCUGCGUUGAGCGAGAACAUAGUGUUGCAAAUGAACAUGGGCUAA